AAAAUCGGGGAGGUGCGGGGCCAAGUGUUGCCGCUGCUGCGAUGGCAGCGUUUGCUGUGGAACCCCAGGUGCCCACGUUAGGUCUACUAUGAUUAGAAAUAAGAGGAAGAAUAAAUAAUUGACAGCAUUUGGAUAGCAAGAAACACAUUUUUGAGGCUGUUUAGAAGUUAAGGAAUAGUUAAUAAAGGAUCUGAACCAAUGAUGCUGGGUUCACCCACGUCUCCAAAGCCAGGGGUUAAUGCCCAGUUCCUACCUGGAUUUUUAAUGGGGGAUUUGCCAGCUCCAGUGACUCCACAACCUCGAUCAAUUAGUGGCCCUUCAGUAGGAGUAAUGGAAAUGAGAUCACCUUUACUUGCAGGUGGGUCACCACCACAGCCAGUUGUACCAGCUCAUAAAGAUAAAAGUGGAGCUCCACCAGUUAGAAGUAUAUAUGAUGACAUUUCCAGCCCAGGACUUGGAUCAACACCUUUAACUUCAAGAAGACAGGCAAACAUUUCAGUAAUGCAGAGUCCUCUUGUCGGAGUUAUGACAACUACUCCUGGAACAGGGCAGAGUGUGUUUAGUCCAGCAAACAUUGGUCAACCACGAAAGACAACAUUAUCUCCUGCCCAGUUGGAUCCUUUUUAUACUCAAGGAGAUUCUUUGACAUCUGAAGAUCACUUUGAUGACACUUGGGUGACUGUGUUCGGGUUUCCUCAAGCAUCUGCUUCCUAUAUAUUAUUACAAUUUGCACAGUAUGGAAAUAUCUUAAAACAUGUGAUGUCUAACACAGGAAAUUGGAUGCAUAUUCGUUAUCAAUCUAAACUGCAGGCCAGGAAAGCUUUAAGCAAAGAUGGGAGAAUUUUUGGAGAGUCCAUCAUGAUUGGUGUAAAACCAUGUAUAGAUAAAAGCGUUAUGGAAAACAGUGACAGGUGUGCUUUAUCAUCUCCAUCUGUUGCCUUUACACCACCAAUCAAAACCUUAGGUACACCAACCCAACCUGGAAGUACUUCUAGGAUUUCUACCAUGAGACCUCUUGCUACAGCAUACAAAGCUUCUACUAGUGACUAUCAGGUUAUUUCUGACAGACAAACGCCAAAAAAAGAUGAAAGUCUUGUAUCCAAAGCAAUGGAAUACAUGUUUGGCUGGUAAUACAGUAAGAGCUAAGAACUGAACUACAAAGGAGAAGGUUGCCACAAUAAAACAGACUUAGCAGGGUACUGCUGGGUUUCCUUCGGUUAGUUAUAUAACCACUCUUGACAGUAUCGAAUAGCUGUCUCAUACUUCCUUUAGAAGCCUUUUUCUUAAAGGAUACAGCAUAUUUGUAGCUCGCACUUUAAACGAUGCUUGAGAUACAUUUUAAAGAAACAAAAAAUCCCUGUAUAUAAGAUUUUGUGCUUUCUGUGAUAGUGCAUGCUUAAGUGCAAAACACUCAUUGAUUAUUGUAAAUUAUGUAAUUGAGUUUGUAGUGAGGCUUUGUAGUCUUCAUGAGUUGGUGAGGUGAAUUUCAUGACGGGUAACUGUACAGCUGAUUCUGACAAGACACAAAGAUUAUAAUUAAUUUGAAUUAUGGUCUUUUAAUUUAGAUGGUAUUUAAUAUUUUAAUUAUCCUUGUUUAUAUUUGUCCUGUCAUGAAUUGUCAUCUUUCAGUCUUGUAAAACCAACACAGCCUUUUAAAAAACCUACCAAAGUUUCUUGAUAAUAAACUUGUCGAUUAUAUGUAUUGA